AUGACAGCGAGUCUUCCUCUUUUUAGGGGAAACAGCAUUUCCUUGGAAGAUGCCUUGGAGGAUAACGACAAUAUUCUCCAUCGGUUAGAUUAUCCACAAAAAAACAGCUAUAAUGUAUGUAUUCCUGUCUAUAUCGAUCCGCUAUCCGAGGAGGUGGUUUUAAUUCGAAUCCCCUUACCUUUUAAAAUCGGAGAGGCGUUUAAUCCUGGAAACAUGGAUGAAAAGCUACGGUGCGAAGUAGCUACCUAUAUUUGGAUUCGUGAGAAUUGCUUGACUGUCCCUAUUCCGUCUCUCUAUGGGUUCGCAUUCCCUAAUAGGCUGACAGUCUGUGAACUCAAUCCAAUAUCUUUUAGUCUUCUUUAUUAG